CUACACGUCCCGGAGGCUAGCGCGCGGCCCAGGACAGCCCGCCCCUGCCCCUGCCAGGCCCACCCCCUAGAGAAGCUGCGCUGGCUGGAGGGGAGGCUACCGAACGAGGGCAGGAGAACUGUUUCCAGGCACCCAGGCUCCUACCAUGUCCGACCCCAUCACACUGAAUGUUGGGGGGAAGCUCUACACAACCUCACUGGCAACACUGACCAGCUUCCCUGACUCCAUGCUGGGCGCCAUGUUCAGUGGGAAGAUGCCCACCAAGAGGGACAGCCAGGGCAACUGCUUCAUUGACCGCGAUGGCAAAGUGUUCCGCUAUAUCCUCAACUUCCUGCGGACCUCCCACCUGGACCUGCCGGAGGACUUCCAGGAGAUGGGCCUGCUCCGCAGGGAAGCUGACUUCUACCAGGUCCAGCCCCUGAUUGAGGCCUUGCAGGAGAAGGAGGUGGAACUCUCCAAGGCCGAGAAGAACGCCAUGCUCAACAUCACGCUGAAGCAGCGCGUGCAGACAGUCCACUUCACCGUGCGGGAGGCGCCGCAGAUCUACAGCCUGUCAUCUUCCAGCAUGGAGGUGUUCAACGCCAACAUCUUUAGCACGUCCUGCCUCUUCCUCAAACUCCUUGGCUCCAAGCUCUUCUACUGCUCUAACGGCAACCUCUCCUCCAUCACCAGCCACUUGCAGGACCCCAACCACCUGACUCUUGACUGGGUGGCCAAUGUGGAAGGCCUUCCCGAGGAAGAGUACACCAAGCAGAACCUCAAACGGCUGUGGGUGGUGCCUGCCAACAAGCAGAUCAACAGCUUCCAGGUCUUCGUGGAGGAGGUGCUGAAGAUCGCACUGAGUGAUGGGUUCUGCAUCGACUCCUCCCACCCACACGCUCUGGACUUUAUGAGCAAUAAGAUCAUCCGGUUGAUACGGUACAGGUAAAAA